AUGCAGAAAGCCCGGGGCACGCGAGGCGAGGACGUGGGCACGAGGGCACCCCCCAGCCCCGGGGUGCCCCCGAAGAGGGCCAAGGUGGGGGCCGGCGGCGGGGCCCCCGCGGCCGUGGCCGGGGCGCCGGUCUUCCUGCGACCCCUGAAGAACGCUGCGGUGUGUGCGGGCAGCGACGUGCGGCUGCGGGUGGCGGUGAGCGGGACGCCCCAGCCCAGCCUCAGCUGGUUCCGGGAUGGGCAGCUCCUGCCGGCGCCGGCCCCGGAGCCCAGCUGCCUGUGGCUGCGGCGCUGCGGGGCGCAGGACGCGGGCGUGUACGGCUGCAGGGCCCAGAACGAGCGGGGCCAGGCCUCCUGCGAGGCUGUGCUCACAGUGCUGGAGGUCGGAGACUCGGAGACGGCUGAGGAUGACAUCAGUGAUGUGCAGGGGACCCAGCGCCUGGAGCUUCAGGAUGACGGGGCCUUCAGCACCCCCACGGGGGGCUCUGAUACCCUGGUGGGCACCUCCCUGGACACACCCCCGACCUCCGUGACAGGCACCUCGGAGGAGCAAGUGAGCUGGUGGGGCAGCGGGCAGACGGUCCUGGAACAGGAAGCGGGCAGUGGGGGUGGCACCCGCCACCUCCCGGGCAGCCCAAGGCAAGCACAGGCAACCGGGGCCAGGCCACGGCACCUGGGGGUGGAGCCGCUGGUGCGGGCAUCUCGAGCUAAUCUGGUGGGCGCAAGCUGGGGGUCAGAGGAUAGCCUUUCGGUGGCCAGUGACCUGUACGGCAGCGCGUUCAGCCUGUACAGAGGACGGGCGCUCUCGAUCCACGUCAGCGUCCCUCAGAGCGGAUUGCGCAGGGAGGAGCCUGCCCUUCAGCCUCAGUUGGCCAGCGAAGCCCCGCGUCGCCCAGCCCCUCCGCCUCCCUCCAAAUCCGCGCUGCUCCCCCCGCCGUCCCCGCGGGUGGGUAAGCGGUCCCCGCCGGGACCCAGCGCCCAGCCCGCGGCCACCCCCGCAUCGCCCCACCGGCGCGCUCAGGAGCCCGUGCUGCCCGAGGACGCCACCGCCGAAGAGAAGCGAGGGAAAAAGUCCAAGUCGUCGGGGCCCUCGCUGAACAGGGCGGGGCCUGAGGCCGAGAAGAGGCUGCGCAGAGGGCCGGAGGAAGACGGUCCCUGGGGGGCCUGGGACCGCCGAGGGGCCCGCAGCCAGGGCAAAGGUCGCCGGGCCCGGCCCACCUCCCCUGAGCUCGAGUCUUCAGAUGACUCCUAUGUGUCCGCUGGAGAAGAGCCCCUGGAGGCCCCCAUGUUUGAGAUCCCCCUGCAGAAUGUGGUGGUGGCGCCGGGGGCCGAUGUGCUGCUCAAAUGUAUCAUUACCGCCAACCCCCCACCCCAAGUGUCCUGGCACAAGGACGGGUCAGCGCUGCGCAGCGAGGGCCGCCUCCUCCUCCGGGCAGAAGGUGAGCGGCACACCUUGCUGCUCAGGGAGGCCCGUGCUGCUGACGCUGGGAGCUACACGGCCACCGCUACCAAUGAGCUGGGCCAGGCCAGCUGUGCUGCCUCACUGGCUGUGAGACCUGGCGGGUCCACAUCCCCUUUCAGUAGCCCCAUCACUUCUGAUGAGGAGUACCUGAGCCCCCCAGAGGAGUUCCCAGAGCCUGGGGAGACCUGGCCCCGACCCUCCACCAUGAAGCUCAGUCCCAGCCAGAACCGCCGUUCCUCCGACACUGGCUCCAAGGCACCCCCCACCUUCAAGGUCUCACUUAUGGACCAGUCAGUAAGAGAGGGCCAAGAUGUCAUCAUGAGCAUCCGCGUGCAGGGGGAGCCCAAGCCUGUGGUCUCCUGGCUGAGAAACCGCCAGCCUGUGCGCCCAGACCAGCGGCGCUUUGCAGAGGAGGCCGAGGGUGGGCUAUGCCGGCUACGGAUCCUGGCUGCUGAGCGCGGUGACGCUGGUUUCUACACUUGCAAAGCUGUCAAUGAGUACGGCGCUCGGCAGUGUGAGGCCCGCCUGGAGGUCCGAGCACACCCUGAAAGCCGGUCCCUGGCCGUGCUGGCCCCCCUGCAGGACGUGGACGUGGGGGCCGGGGAGAUGGUGCUGUUUGAGUGCCUGGUGGCGGGUCCCGCCGACGUGGAGGUGGACUGGCUGUGCCGCGGCCGCCUGCUGCAGCCUGCGCUGCUCAAAUGCAAGAUGCAUUUCGAUGGUCACAAAUGCAAGCUGCUGCUCACCUCUGUGCACGAGGACGACAGUGGCAUCUACACCUGCAAGCUCAGUACGGCCAAAGAUGAGCUGACCUGCAGCGCCCGGCUGACCGUGCGGCCCUCCCUGGCACCCCUGUUCACGCGGCUGCUGGAAGAUGUGGAGGUGCUGGAGGGUCGAGCCGCCCACUUCGACUGCAAGAUCAGCGGCACCCCACCCCCUGCGGUUACCUGGACCCAUUUUGGCCGCCCUGUGGAGGAGAGCGAGAACUUGCGGCUAAGGCAGGAUGGGGGUCUGCACUCGCUGCACAUUGCCCACGUGGGCAGCGAGGACGAGGGGCUCUAUGCGGUCAGCGCCAACAAUACCCACGGUCAGGCCCUCUGCUCUGCCCAGCUCUACGUAGAGGAGCCCCGGACAGCUGCCUCGGGCCCCAGCUCCAAGCUGGAGAAGAUGCCAUCCAUCCCCGAAGAGCCAGAGCAGGGUGAGCUGGAGCGACUGUCCAUUCCUGACUUCCUGCGGCCACUGCAGGACCUGGAGGUGGGACUGGCCAAGGAGGCCAUGCUGGAGUGCCAGGUGACCGGCCUGCCCUACCCCACCAUCAGCUGGUUCCACAACGGCCACCGCAUCCAGAGCAGUGAUGACCGGCGCAUGACACAGUACAGGGAUGUACAUCGCUUGGUGUUUCCUGCCGUGAGGCCUCAGCACGCUGGUGUCUAUAAGAGCGUCAUCGCCAACAAGCUGGGCAAAGCUGCCUGCUAUGCCCACCUGUAUGUCACAGAUGUGGUUCCAGGUCCCCCAGACGGUGUGCCACAGGUGGUGGCUGUGACUGGAAAGAUGGUCACACUCUCAUGGAACCCUCCCAGAAGUCUGGACAUGGCCAUCGAUCCAGAUUCCCUGACGUACACAGUGCAGCACCAGGUGCUGGGCUCAGACCAGUGGACGGCGCUGGUCACAGGUCUGCGAGAGCCUAGGUGGGCAGCCACAGGGCUACGCAAGGGGCUCCAGCAUGUCUUCCGGGUCCUCAGCACCACCGUCAAGAGCAGCAGCAAGCCCUCACCCCCCUCCGAGCCCAUACAACUGCUGGAGCAUGGCCCGCCCCUGGAGGAGGCCCCCGCUGUGCUGGACAAACCGGACAUCGUGUAUGUGGUGGAGGGACAGCCUGCCAGUGUCGCCGUCACCUUCAACCAUGUGGAAGCCCAGGUCGUCUGGAGGAGUUGCCGAGGGGCCCUCCUGGAGGCAAGGGCAGGUGUGUACGAGCUGAGCCAGCCGGACGAUGACCAGUACUGUCUUCGGAUCUGCCGUGUGAGCCGCCGGGACGUGGGGCCCCUCACCUGCACUGCCCGCAACCGCCUCGGCACACAGACCUGCUCAGUCACACUGGAGCUGGCAGAGGCCCCUCGGUUUGAGUCCAUCAUGGAGGAUGUGGAGGUGGGGGCCGGGGAAACCGCUCGCUUUGCUGUGGUGGUUGAGGGAAAACCACUGCCGGACAUCAUGUGGUACAAGGACGAGGUGCUGCUGACCGAGAGCAGCCAUGUGAGCUUUGUGUACGAGGAGAACGAGUGCUCCCUGGUAGUGCUCAGCACGGGGACCCAGGAUGGAGGCGUCUACACCUGCACUGCCCGGAACCUGGCGGGCGAGGUCUCCUGCAAAGCAGAGCUGGCUGUGCAUUCAGCUCAGACAGCUAUGGAGGUUGAGGGGGUCAGGGAAGACGAGGAGCAUCGAGGAAGAAGACUCAGCGACUUCUAUGACAUCCACCAGGAGAUUGGCAGGGGUGCCUUUUCCUACCUGCGGCGCGUGGUGGAGCGAAGCUCUGGCCUGGAAUUUGCAGCCAAGUUCAUCCCCAGCCAAGCCAAACCAAAGGCAUCGGCACGGCGAGAAGCUCGGCUGCUGGCCCGCCUCCAGCACGACUGUGUCCUCUACUUCCAUGAGGCCUUCGAGAGGCGCCGGGGGCUGGUCAUUGUCACGGAGCUCUGCACAGAGGAGCUGCUGGAGAGAAUGGCCAGGAAACCCACCGUGUGUGAGUCUGAGACCCGGGUCUAUAUGCAGCAGGUGCUGGAGGGAAUAUGCUACCUGCACCAGAGUCAAGUGCUGCACCUCGAUGUCAAGCCUGAGAACCUGCUGAUAUGGGAUGGUGCAGGGGGCGAAGAGCAGGUGCGAAUCUGUGACUUUGGGAAUGCCCAGGAGCUGACUCCAGGAGAGCCCCAGUACUGCCAAUAUGGCACACCUGAGUUCGUGGCACCCGAAAUUGUCAACCAGACCCCUGUGUCUGGAGUCACUGACAUCUGGCCUGUGGGUGUCGUUGCCUUCCUCUGUCUGACAGGAAUCUCCCCAUUUGUUGGGGAAAAUGAUCGGACAACAUUGGUGAACAUCCGAAACUACAAUGUGGCCUUUGAGGAAACCACGUUCCUGAGCCUAAGCCGGGAGGCCCGGGGCUUCCUCAUCAAAGUGCUGGUGCAGGACCGGCUGAGACCUACUGCAGAGGAGACCCUGGAACAUCCUUGGUUCAAAACGCAGACAAAAGGCGCAGAAGUGAGCACCGAUCACCUAAAACUGUUUCUCUCCAGGCGGAGGUGGCAGCGCUCCCAGAUCAGCUACAAGUGCCACCUGGUGCUGCGCCCCAUCCCUGAGCUGCUGCGGGCCCCCCCAGAGCGGGUGUGGGUGGCCAUGCCCCGAAGGCCACCCCCCAGCGGGGGGCUCUCGUCCUCCUCGGAUUCCGAAGAGGAAGAGCUGGAAGAGCUGCCAUCAGUGCCCCGCCCACUGCAGCCGGAGUUUUCUGGCUCCCGGGUGUCCCUCACAGACAUUCCCACUGAGGACGAGGCCCUGGGGCCCCCAGAGGCUGGGGCUGCCACCCCCAUGGACUGGCAAGAGCAGGGAAGGGCUCCCUCUCGGGACCAGGAGGCUCCCAGCCCUCAGGCCCUCCCCUCCCCAGGCCAGGAGUCCCCAGCCGGGUCCAGCCCCCGGCGGGGAGAGCUCCGCAGGGGCAGCUCUGCCGAGAGUGCCCUGCCCAGGGCCGGGCCGCGGGAGCCGGGCCGGGGCCUGCACAAGGCGGCGUCUGUGGAGCUGCCGCAGCGCCGAAGCCCCAGCCCGGGGGCCACCCGCCUGGCCCGGGGAGGCCUGGGUGAGGGCGAGUACGCCCAGAGGCUUCAAGCCCUGCGCCAGAGGCUCCUGCGGGGUGGUCCUGAGGAUGGCAAGGUUAGCGGCCUCAGGGGCCCCCUGCUGGAGAGCCUGGGGGGCCGUGCCCGGGACCCCCGGAUGGCUCGAGCUGCCUCCAGCGAGGCCGCGCCCCACCACCAGCCCCCGCCCGAGACCCGGGGUUUGCAAAAGAGUAGCAGCUUCUCGCAGGGUGAGGCGGAGCCCCGGGGCCGGCACCGCCGCGCUGGCGCGCCCCUCGAGAUCCCUGUGGCCAGACUCGGGGCCCGCCGGCUGCAGGAGUCUCCUUCUCUGUCUGCUCUCAGUGAGGCCCAGCCAUCUAGCCCUGCGCGGCCCAGCGCCCCCAAACCCAGCGCCCCUAAGUCUGCGGAACCUUCUGCCACCACACCCAGUGAUGCUCCGCAGCCCCCCUCACCCCAGCCUGCCCAGGACAAGGCCCCAGAGUCCAAGCCAGAACCAGCCCGAGCCUCCAAGCCUGCCCCGUUCCCCAUGGCCCUGCAAACCCCGGCGCUGUCUCUCACGCCCUAUGCCCAGAUCAUGCUCCAGCUGUCAGGCACCGCCCAGGACCCCCCGCAGGGCCCCGCGGCGUCGCCCUCAGAGCCCAAGCCCCACGCCGCUGUGUUCGCCAGGGUGGCCUCUCCACCUCCGGGAGCCCCCGAAAAGCGCGUGCCCUCGCCCGGGGCUCCCGCACUCCUAGCCGAGAAAGCCCGGGUCCCCACGGUGCCCCCCAGGCCCGGCAGCAGCCUCAGCAGCAGCAUCGAGAACGUGGAGUCGGAGGCCGUGUUCGAGGAGGGGGAGGGGAGGGGGCGGGUGCAGACUUCGGAAGAGGGUGGGGUGCGCUGGAAGCCGGCUGUGGUGCUGGAGGCCCUGAGAGGGAAAUCGGCAGGGUUGGAGGGGAGGGAGGCGGGAAUGGGAGCCGGGCAGGGGGCUAGCCUUCCUUUCUACUUCUCUGGGCCGAGGGCUGCAGGGAGGUGGGAGCUUGCUGGUACUGGCUGGGCGGGGGCUCACCGGCCUGGGUCUUCAGCUCCAGGGGAAAGCCGAAGCCGGCUCCGUUGGGGCCUGUCUCGGCUGCGGAAGGAUAAGGGGUUAUCACAACCAAACCUCUCCGACAGCGUCCAGGAGGACUUGGGUCACCAGUAUGUGCCCAGUGAAUCAGACUUUCCCCCAGUCUUCCACAUCAAACUCAAGGACCAGGUGCUGCUGGAGGGGGAGGCAGCCACCCUACUCUGCUUACCAGCAGCCUGCCCUGCACCACGCAUCUCCUGGAAGAAAGACAAGCAGUCCCUGCGGACAGAGCCCUCGGUGGUGAUCGUGUCCUGCAAAGAUGGGCGGCAGCUGCUCAGUAUCCCCCGGGCGGGCAAGCGGCACGCCGGGCUCUAUGAGUGCUCAGCCACCAACGUCCUAGGCAGCAUCACCAGCUCCUGUACCGUGGCUGUGGCCCGUGUUCCAGGAAAGCUAGCUCCUCCCGAGGUGCCCCAGACCUACCGGGACACGGCACUUGUGCUCUGGAAGCCAGGAGACAGCCGGGCACCUUGCACGUACACGUUGGAGCGGCGGGUGGAUGGGGAGUCUGUCUGGCACCCUGUGAGUUCAGGCAUCCCUGACUGUUACUACAACGUGACCCACCUGCCAGUUGGCGUGACCAUAAGGUUUCGAGUGGCCUGUGUCAACCGUGCUGGGCAGGGGCCCUUCAGCAACCCUUCUGAGAAGGUUCUCAUCAGGGGCAUUCAAGAUUCUUCAGCUCUGCCAUCUGCUCACCAAGAGGCCCCUGUUACCUCAGGGCCAACCAGGGCCCCGCCUCCUGACUCUCCUACCUCACUGGCCCCGCCCCCAGCUCCUGCUUCCCCAACCCCCCAGUCAGUUGCUGUCAGCCCCUCAUCUGCCCCCACGCUCCCCCCCCCAGCCCCUGAGCCCCCUCCUGAGCCCACCAAGGUGAUUGUGCGAAGCCUCAGUCCAGCCAAGGAGGUGGUUAGCUCCCCUGGGAGCAGUCCCCGAAGCUCUCCCAGACCAGAGGGUACUACUCUUCGACAGGGGCCCCCUCAGAAACCCUACACUUUCCUGGAGGAGAAGGCCAGGGGCCGCUUUGGUGUAGUGCGAGCAUGCCGGGAGAAUGCCACGGGGCGAACGUUCGUGGCCAAGAUCGUGCCCUACGCAGCCGAGGGCAAGCGGCGAGUCUUGCAGGAAUACGAGGUGCUGCGGACACUGCACCACGAGCGGCUCAUGUCCCUGCACGAGGCCUACAUCACCCCUCGGUACCUUGUGCUCAUUGCUGAGAGCUGCGGCAACCGGGAACUCCUCUGUGGGCUCAGUGACAGGUUCAGGUAUUCAGAAGAUGAUGUGGCCACCUAUGUGGUGCAGCUGCUACAAGGCCUGGACUACCUCCACGGCCGCCACGUGCUACACCUAGAUAUCAAGCCGGACAACCUGCUGCUGGCUCCCGACAACACCCUGAAGAUUGUGGACUUUGGCAGUGCCCAGCCUUACAACCCCCAGGCCCUGCGGCCCCUUGGCCACCGCACGGGCACACUGGAGUUCAUGGCUCCUGAGAUGGUGAAGGGAGAACCCAUCGGCUCUGCCACGGACAUCUGGGGAGCGGGUGUGCUCACCUACAUUAUGCUCAGUGGUCGCUCCCCGUUCUAUGAGCCAGACCCCCAGGAAACGGAAGCUCGGAUUGUGGGGGGCCGCUUUGAUGCUUUCCAGCUAUAUCCCAACACAUCCCAGAGUGCCACCCUCUUCUUGCGAAAGGUUCUCUCAGUACAUCCCUGGAGCCGGCCCUCCCUGCAGGACUGCCUGGCCCACCCUUGGCUGCAGGACGCCUACCUGAUGAAGCUGCGUCGCCAGACACUCACCUUCACCACCAACCGGCUCAAGGAGUUCCUGAGCGAGCAGCGGCGGCGCAGGACGGAGGCUGCCACCCGCCACAAGGUGCUGCUGCGCUCCUACCCCGGCGGCCCCUAGCAUCAUGGACCACAGCCAGGCCUUGGGUUUCAGCUGGGGGUUCCCACCGAUGCCAUGGGACAUUCCAGGGCCCAC